UCUACUUUUCUCCCCUCUAAUGCCUACAACAUAGACGCAUUUCAUUUGGAUUCUAUUGUUGGUGUUUAUGUCUUGCAGUUAGGCAUUCGGUCUUGCAUGCCGGUCUACAGCAUGCACACCGCAACCCCGGCCAGCAAACCUCGUCCCCAGCACACGGUCAACCCGAACGAUGGGUUGGUUGAGUGGGACCACGUGGACGAGGCCUCGGCCAGCCCGACGCACCUAUCGAGGCUCCAUGCUGGUUGUCAGGGUGCCGGUUGUCAAGGUGCCGAUGUCAUGUCUGGCACUACGUGCCUCCAGAGCGAGGUGACAUCGUCUAUCGAACGUAAGCAGUUUGUUGGGCAACCCUGGCCCCUUGUGCUUCAGGGCUGUGUUCAGCACAGGUUUCGGAGUUUCCAGACUACUCGGCUCGGUACCAAACGUAUGCACCUUUGUGUCUUUUUGCCGCGUCGACGGCCCUGCUCUGCUGCCAUUGUAGACUCUGACGGAAGGCCCGCAUGCGGUACCUCCCUCCUCUUGUACUGGGGCCGUCCUAUGCGUAAUUUGGCUUGGCUACAGCGGCCACUUUUGGAUGGCCGGUCGCACAGUCCUGGGACUGACGUUGGUGUCCUGUCGUAA